CUGUGGCCUCUAUUGUAUAUCAGAAAUUAGUUGGAUUCCAUUCGCACUUAAAUCAACUUCCCGCCGGACAACGCUGCCGGAGUUGAUCAUCGUCCUCUGCCGCCACAGACUGCCACAUAUUCCGUUCAGGGUAUAAAGGUUGAUGAUCUCAAGACCAAUCAUUUUGCCCUUGUACUGAAGGAAGGCUUCGGGGCCAGUUGUUGGUAGAAUAUUAUAACACUUCUUGAAGAAAGUGGUUAUAAAUUUACUGCCAUAGGUUUAACUGAUCCUGGGUUCAUUCAUUUGAUACAAAUUACAUUACAAGUCUGUCCCUAUAUAUGAGGCCAGUAACAUCGUUGACGAACUUCUGAAGGUGAGAAGAAGAAGGGAGGAAAAGGAACUUGUGAGGAAAAGGAACUUGGCAAUAGGAGAAUGGUGCUCCCUAGUACCAAUCCCCACAAUAAGGAGAUGGCCAUCAGGAGGAGGAUUGCUAGCAUAUUCAAUAAACAUGAAGAUGAUUUUCCAUCUUUGAGAGAGUACAAUGAUUACAGGGAGGAAGUAGAAGACAUGACGGUUAACUUGAUUGAAGGAAUAGAUGUUGCUGUUAUUGAAGCAUAUAUUGCUAAAUACCAGGAAGAAAAUGCAGAACAAAUAAUGGUUAAUCGAGCCCGAAAGGCUGAAGAAUUAGCUGCAGCUAUGGCAGCAAUCAAGGGACAACCUGUCCAAACUGAUAAUGAUGAUGCAAGCCAAAAUUCUCAAGCAGGAUUUGGUGCUGUUCCUCAGGGGCAGUAUGCACCUACAUUUGCAGGAGGACAGCCUAGACCCACAGGCAUGGGCCCGCAACCCUUACCACUCGGAGGGGGUGACGCAGGCUAUGCUGCUGAUGACGAGGAAAGACGUAGGCUAGGAGCAAGGGCUGGAGGAUGGAGUAUAGAAAUAAGCAGGAAGAGGGCACUUGAAGAAGCUUUUGGAAGCAUGUGGGUUUCUUAGAGACACAUUCAUGGAAGGUGUGACAUGCUUAUUAAAUUACAAGGGCAUGGAAAUUCUAGUAUAUCGUAAGUAAUUCACAUUGUCGUUGUAAUACAAAUGGUGUAGAAUGUAAGAUUUGUCACAUUUUUGUUUAGUUAACUAGUGCUUUAUAAUUACACAAUUUACACAUCCAUUGCCGACGACAGUGUCGCAACAUCUGUUCCGUAAGAAGUAUCAGUCAUUUGUUAUUGCGGGUUCGAUCUUUGGCAUCACUUAUUUACCAAAUUUGAGGUACUUCGAAGUACA